CUCCCGCGCUCGGCGCUCUUCUCCGGCGGACCCAAAUUCUCAUUUCCCGGCCUACUUGCGGCUUCUCCGACUACCGAAUGUCUCCCCGAACGAAAGUCAUGCGAGGCCAAUAUUGGAUCAACGCCCUCCUUAUCGACGAAAUCAUCCUCGAGAUAUUCCGUCACCUCGAUUCCAAGCACACCCGCGACGCCUGCUCCCUCGUCUGCAAGCGGUGGCUCUCCUUAGAGCGCCUCGGCCGGACUACUCUCCGGAUUGGCGCUUCGGGCAACCCCGAAUUCUUCAUCCACUUACACUCCACCCGUUUCCCCAAUAUCAAAACCAUCCACAUCGACGAGCGCCUCUCCAUUCCUCUUCCCUCCCAGCUUGGGCGGAAGAGAAGCAAAUGCACCAAUGAAUUCCCAGCCGGAUCAUCUAAUCUCAAGCUGCACGGCGUGUUUCAAGAGGACAUGUCUGAAGCCGAACAGUUUGAUUCCUGCAGUUUUUCUGACCUUGGAUUGAUUACAAUCGGUGAUCAAUUCCCAGCUCUUGAACGUUUGAGCUUAUUCUGGUGCUCCAAUGUUUCAAGUCUGGGUUUAGUCUCUCUUUCCCAUAAAUGCUCGCUCUUGAAAUCUCUGGAUUUGCAGGGUUGCUAUGUUGGCGAUGGGGGCCUGGCCGCUAUUGGUAGGUGCUCUAAGCAAUUACAAGAACUAAAUUUGCGCUUUUGUGAAGGGUUGAGUGACGUGGGUCUGGUCGAGCUAGCUGAAGGCUGCUCGAACUCGCUAAAGAGUCUUGGGGUUGCAGCUUGUGCAAAGAUAACAGAUAAAUCGUUGGUAGCAGUGGCUUCCCACUGCAAAUCCCUGGAAACACUGUCACUGGAUUCUGAAUUCAUUUACAAUGAUGGGGUUCUUGCCAUUGCCGAAGGAUGCCCUCUUCUGAAAGUCUUGAAGCUGCAAUGCAUUAAUGUUACUGAUGAUGCUCUUAUAGCUGUAGGAAAGUAUUGUUCUUCACUGGAGGCGUUGGCUUUGUACAAUCGAUUUACGGACAGAGGUUUGUGUGCUAUUGGAGCUGGAUGUGAGAUGUUGAAAAAUCUUACUCUUCGCGACUGCUACUUCCUCAGUGACCAGGGUUUAGGAUCGAUUGCCACGGGUUGUAAAGAACUCACACAUCUUGAAAUUAAUGGGUGUCUCAAUAUUGGAACCAUGGGAUUGGAAGCCAUUGGACGAUCAUGCACGCGUCUCACUGAGUUGGCUUUGUCAUACUGCCAACGGAUCGGUGCUAAUGCUCUUCUUGAAAUUGGAAAGGGCUGUAAGUUCUUGGAGGUCCUUCACUUGGUACAUUGUUCUAGCAUUGGAGAUGAUGCCAUUUGUAGCCUAGCUAUGGGAUGCACAAAUUUGAGGAAACUUCAUAUUCGUCGGUGUUAUGAGGUUGGGAACAGAGGUAUUAUGGCCAUUGGUGAGAACUGCAAAUCACUUGCGGAUCUUAGCCUUAGAUUUUGUGAAAGGGUGGGAGAUGAGGCCCUUGUUUCCAUUGCCCAGUGUCACUCCCUCCAAACCCUAAACGUUAGUGGCUGCCAUCAAAUAGGCGAUGCCGGAAUCAUAGCGAUCGCAAGAGGCUGUCCUGAUCUCAGCUACCUCGACGUGAGCAUGCUUCAGAAUCUAGGUGACAUGGCGCUUGCCGAGCUAGGAGAGGGCUGUCCAGCUCUGAAAGAGAUAGUAAUCUCACAGUGUCGUCAGGUAACCGACGUCGGCCUCUACCACCUCGUCAGACACUGCGCCAUGCUGGAAUCCUGCCACGCGGUUUACUGCCCUGGGGUAACCGCCGCGGGGAUCGCCACGUUGGUCUCCCAUUGCCCAAACAUGACGAAGGUACUGGUGGAGAAGUGGAAGGUGAGCGAGACGACCAAGCGCAGAGCAGGCUCUGUCAUCUCCUACCUAUGUAUCGAUCUGUAGUAGAAUGUACGGGGGAACAGAGUCUUGUAUAGCCAGGUAGUCAGGGUGUUGAAAGUGUGUAUAUUUUGUUGAGAACUCAGUCCCGGUUACUCUUAAUGGUGAUCCAAUCUUGCGGUAGCCGGUAGUUGGUGUUUUGCAUUUAAUCGGGCGACCCAAUUGGCUCGAACAUUGGAAGCGUGUAUAUGAGGGGAAACAUUUUUACUUAGCUCUAUGAAGUUUUUUUUUAUUGUAUUACCAAGAAGGUAGCUCUAUCUUCGGUUUUGUGUCCAUUACCGGUUGAAUUCAGUUGUAAUGAUCAGUGUCAUGUGACUCAUGUCACUGGUUUGACAACCAAACUUAAUAGUAUCGUUCUACUUAAUGUCAUUUUUAUAUUGAAUGUAAGAAACCAUAAUUAUAUUAGAAAGUUUAACUAGUUAACGGUAAUCCAAAAUCUCUGCUAGUUACAUAGAAAUCGGGUGCAAAUCUCCCACUAAUCACAUGCUAGUUAGUUAAUUGCACGCGUAAUUUCCCCCAUUUGCCAGAGCCCGCUGUCACGAUCCGGAAUAUCGUGAUCGUGUUGAUCAUCUGAAAAACGCAGUCAUCUGGUUGUCUUGCCAGAAGAGGGUAAAGGGUGGGCGACUCUAGCGAUAAGGCGUUGUCUGCCUAUGCAUCAUUCUGACCGAGUCAGGAUGUGGCUAUGAAGGAGAUCCUUGCAAGAGAAGACACAACUGGUCGGAGGCUAUUGUCGUCUCCCUUAUGAGCUCAAGACAGGACGAAACCAGUUGACAUGCGUAUGCGGAGAGGCUGGUCUUGAGGAUUGAGUGCACCUCAAGACGUCGCACGGGCUUCGAAAGUCUAUGUCCGUGACAAGUGGUAUCAGAGCCUGGUUAGGCCGAAGAGCCUAGUUCCUCUCUCAGUACGGCAUAGGUCGAGUAUGGGUCGAUCCUAUGCCAGAAUGAGAGGUGGUCAUGGGUGUGCAUCAGGCGGUCCGGACGCAGAUACACAUGUGUUGCGCGGUUGUGGGAGACCUCAACAGACUGGAGAGAAGCAACAACCAAGAAUGUCGUUCAACCGAGGAACUAACGCUAGCGAGAGCGUAGGGUGAAGGUCAAUUGAGGUACAAACGUUGGGAGAAGCGUAGGGUGAAGGUCGACUGAGGUACUAGCAAAACAGAAGCGAAGAGUGAAGGUUGAUGUCGAGGGGCGAAGCUGUAUGUGCGCGUUGCACAGCAAGCUAGCGCGAGAGAUGCAAACGGAGUCUGUCCAUCAGAGGAUGAUAUCGUAUGCGAAGGCCAACAAUCGGUUCGAGUGUUGCAAUACAUGCUCUUGAGAGAAGCAUUCUUCACCAGCACGAGGGCGUGCUGCAUUAUGAGUGGUGGAGAAUGUCACGACCCGGAAUGUCGUGACCGUGUUGAUCGUCUGAAGAACGCUGACAUCUGGUUGUCUUGCCACAAGAGAAGUAAAGGGUGGGCGACUCUAGAGAUAAAGCUUUGUCUUUCUAUGCAUCAUUCAGGUCGAGUCAGGAUGUGGCUAUGAAGGUGAUCGUUGCAAGAGAAUGCACAACUGGUUGGAGGCUAUUGUCGUCUCCCUGAGCCCAAGGCAGGGCGAAACCAGUUGAUAUGCGUAUGUGGAAAGGCUGGUCUUGAGGACUGAGUGCACCUCAAGACGCUGCACAGGCUUCGGAAGUCUAUGUCCGUGACAAGUGGUAUCAGACUCUGGUUAGGCUGAAGAGCCUAGUUCCUCUCUCAGUAUGGCGUAGGUCAAGUAUGGGCCGAUCCUAUGCCAGAAUAAGAGGCGGUCAUGGGU